AUGCCAAGCGCCGUGCACACCACCACUGCCGUCGACCAACAGCAGCACGCACCGCAGUCGCUUGACUCACAACCAGCUCCGAAGAAAAAGUUUGGCGCCGUUUUUGGGUCGCUUCGUUCGCGUUCGGCAGUCCGAAACUCUCAAGACCACCCCAGCUCGCAGGGCCCAAGCACCACCUGGAGAAGCGUUGACAUCUUCCGUCCGUACACCAACCCAGCGAGAAAGGAGUCCACCAGCACCUCAGGAAGGACCAGCAUCGCUACUAUCUCGUUUGAACGCGAUUCCACUCCCACCGUUGCUGCUACUUCCUCCAGCGAGAGCCAGAACACCGCCGGUGCCGUUCUUAGACCAACAACAUCCCAUCCAACAGUGAUAGAUCUCGCACACGAUAAUAGCAUGAAGGCACUCGACACCAACUUACCGUCGUCGUCGAGGAGAGCUCCAGUGAGGAUGGACACGCAGGAUGGGCCUUGGAGCGUUAGUGUAGCCGAAACACCGGACGAUGCACGGUCGUACAGCUUGUACGUCAAGACUCCAACGCACAACCUGACCCUCACCCGCACCGCCAUGGAGCUCGUCGACCUCGACGCCAAGCUACGACAGUCACAUCCUGGUGUCAAGAUUCCCGCCCUGCCUAUCCACCCCGACAGCCUACCCGCGCCGCCGAAGCGGAAAUCAACGUUUCUCAACACUUUAUCACGUCUUGCCUCGCCGACGUCAUCGAAGAGCCAACGUCAAGCGAGCAAUUCGCGUCGAAUGGCUAGUGGAUUAGGCCCUACGCCGCUCGCAUCACCAGCAGUCGAGGUGGGUGAUCCGUUCGCCUCUUUCGGCGAAGGCGAAGCUGCUACAAAUGGCACCGCGGAGGCCAUGAAUACUCCUACCCCGCCAUCCGCCACGAGCACUGCGAUCGCAGCAUACCUGACCACGGUGUCCAACAUUCCAGUGCUGCGCAUGAACCGCGUUUGGAAGCGCUUUGUCCAUGUCAGAACGGACGAUCUGGAGAGCGUGCGGGUAGAGAGGGCCAUCAAGAGAGUCAGGUCGGAUCUUGCGGCACAUGUGGGUAUCCCAUCGAAAGAGAAGGAGAAUGUGAAGUAUCAGCGACGAGCGAGGCAGGGAGUGUGCUUGAGAAGAGCAUCGAACAGCUUGAGAGUACCGAGGAGAAGGCUGAGGAAGAAAACGGUAUUGAGGAGAAGAUAG